AGUUAGGAGAACCAAGAUGGCGGACACGAUGAAGAGCCAUACAGAGCAGAUUUCAAACCCUGCUGACUUGGUCAGAGACUCUGUUAGUGACUCUCUUGAUGACUCGUUAAGUAACUCGGUUAGUGAAUCGCUUAAUGGCGUCAGUGACACGUUAGAUGACUCGGUAGUGACGGAGUCGGUCGUGAUGGACUCGGUGUUGGAGUUCUUGGUCACCGAGCUAGGCGGGGACCUGAAGGCUGUUCAGAAGGCUGGACAUCUUCUGGAGAGACUGAAGGAGGAGAACAGCGAGCUACAGGAACAGGUGGUGUCCGUCUCCUCCUCCACGCCUCCUAAAGUUAGCGAAGCUCUGGACGCUGCUGAGCAUGCGCAGUGUGCUCUACAAGAUCUCCUGCAGAGAGAACGCUGCAUCUCCAACACACUACAUCAACACCUGCAGGGGGCGCAGUCCUGGAUGGAUAACUUGAGCCAGACACUGAACCAAGUCGACACCAUUGAGAGACACCUGAAGUACCUAAGAGUCCUCCAACAUGUCGAGGAGCUCAGCGCUGCAGUCCAGCAGUGUUUGAUGACCAGCAGUGUGUGGGAGGCGAUCCGGGCCGUGGACAGCAUGGCUGCACUCGAUGCUGGACUAAGUGAGUCUGGCUGCACUCACCUCCGAGACUUCGUCAGAGAAACGCUUCUCUUCUGGCACAAAAUCAUCAAGGACCGACUCUCCAGUGAUUUUGAAAAGGUUCUGACCCAACUUCAUUGGCCGAUCAUCUCCCCACCCACCCAGUCACUGACUCCAACAGCAAACGGUCAGGAGAUCCACAGCCAGCUGGAGCUGCUUGUCACACAGCUGUUAGCACUGCAGACCUCUGACGACCUUAUCUCGCAGAGGGUUGCGGCCUCUUCUCUAUUGUCUCCACCACCGGGUUCAUCGGCCACACCUCAUUCCCAGGCUCCACCCCUCUGCCUGCCAAUCCAGAUCAUGCUGCUACCACUCAGCAGGAGGUUCAGAUAUCAUUUCUAUGGAAACCGCCAGACCAACUCCCUCAGCAAGCCUGAGUGGUACCUGACACAGGCAUUAAUGUGGAUGGGACACAGCUCCACCUUCAUGGAAGAAAAGAUCCAACCAAUCCUGGACCGAGCUGGAGCCUCCAUCAGCGCCCGGGUGGAGCUGUGUCGCGGCCUGCUGUCUCUGGUGCAGGACAAAGUGGCGAUUGAUGCGUCCCGGCUGCUCUAUGAUGAUGCUCUCUUCUGCCACCUGGUGGAAGAGGUGCUGCAGUUUGAGAAAGAGCUGAGGAGUAACCUCUCAUACCCGACAGUGCUGCCUGGUUUGCUCCACCUGCUGCUGGAUGAUGCCAUCUUGCAGAAAUGGCUGACUUUGGAGAAGAAGAUGGCGGUGGAGAAGAUGGAUGCCAUGUUGUCCUCAGAUGUGGCUUGGAGCUCUCAGUACAAAGACAUCAGUGACCUGGAUGAGCUUAAGGCGCCAGACUGCGCUGAGACGUUCAUGACUCUGCUGCAGGUGAUCACAGAGCGAUACCGACCACUACCGAGUCCGUCUGCACAGCUGAAGUUUCUGGAACUGCAGAGGGAGCUGGUCGAUGACUUCCGUAUACGACUAACCCAGGUAAUGAAGGAGGAGUCUCGCUCUCCACUUGGCGCUCGUUAUUGUGCAAUCCUGAACGCUGUGAACUACAUCCACACCAUCUUGGGAGACUGGGGAGAUAACGUGUUUUUUCUGCAGUUGCAGCAGGCAGCAGUCUCCCUUGGCGAGGACACUGUACUGGGGGGACUGGGAGUGAUGGAGCUUGGUCGCCUGGCAUCUCUAGAAGGUUCUCUAUUCGAAGGAUUGUUGUCGCUGUUGGAUCGGCUUAAAGCGGACAUGAUGGGACGUCUGCUGGAAUGGACCAUGAGAGAGAUCACAGAAAAAUCCAAACCGUACUGCUCAGACCGGUGGUUGUCCCUCCCCAGUCAGCAGGACUUGUCCACAAUGUCUCUGUCCAGCUCAGCAUGUCCCAUGAUGCUCUGCGUUAGGGACCGACUCCUACACCUGCAUCAGGUCCUCAGUCUUUCCCUGUUCCAGCUAGCAUGGCAGGGCCUCGCUGAGCGGCUAGACAACUUCCUGUACCAGGAGGUGAUCCUGGAGAAUCACUUCAGUGAUGGGGGUGCCGCUCAGCUUCACUUUGACAUGAGCAGAAACCUUUUUCCUCUUUUUGGACAUUACUGUAAAAAACCUGAGAACUUCUUUAAACACGUGAAGGAGGCGUGCAUCAUCCUCUGCCUCAGCAUCGGCUCUGCCAUCCUCCUGAAGAACCUCCUGAAGGAGUCAUCAGAGGACAACAGCACUGGAGAUCCCUCUCCAGAGUCAGCGCUGAACGAGCUUGGGGUUUUCUGUUUGGCACCCUGUGACAUUUUAAUUCUGCUCAACCUGCGAGCGUCGUUGCCGGGGCAAUAACUCUAACUAUUUAUAAAAAAUAAACAAGACUUUUGUAACACGAGGACCAUGAAAACAGGAAGAGAAAUGCCAAAAUGUCAUUGUUUUAAAUUUGUUGGCUUAUUCUAGAAUAAAACGUAAAGUUCAUGUGUACUGUAGUAGUGAAUAUUGUGAUGAUCUUUUUCUUUUUUAAGAAGAG